AUGAAGACGCUGGCCAUCGUCGCAUCCAUGCUAGGCCUGGCCUCUGCCCACAUGGAAAUGAGCAAUCCUCCUCCGUUCCGCUCCCGGUACAACCCCCAUACGACCAACAUUGACUAUGAUCUUGUCAAUCCUCUGGCUGCUGAUGGUUCCAACUAUCCCUGCAAGGGCUACCACACUUCUUUCAACACACCUCAGGGUGCCUCCGUCGCCACUUGGCAGCCGGGCUCCCAGCAGACCCUUUCCAUCGUCGGCAGUGCUACCCACAACGGUGGCUCAUGCCAGGCCUCGCUCUCCUACGACGGCGGCGCCUCCUGGAAGGUGAUCAAGAGCUGGAUCGGCAACUGCCCGCUCAAGAAAGACUGGCCCUUCACCGUCCCCAGUGAUACCCCCAGCGGAGAGGCCCUGUUCGCCUGGAGCUGGCACAACAAUAUCGGCAAUCGCGAAAUGUACAUGAAUUGCGCGCACGUCACCAUUGGUGGUAACAACGGUGGCUCACUAAGCGGACGUCCGGAUAUCUUCGUGGCCAAUGUCGGGAGCAAGGUGAACAACUGCAGGACGGUCGAGGGCUCCGAUGUCCUCUAUCCUAACCCUGGCCCUGAUGUCGAGAACACCAGCAGCAGGACUGCGCCUCCAACCUGCGGGGGCAAGAUGGCCCGAGGUCUCCGUGUUUAA